AUUCUAUAAAGAUAAAAGAAAAAAAUGCGUUUUUAUCCAAGUUCAGAUCCAUACUUCUUCGUUGAAGUAACUAAUUGGCAAAGAAUCUGCCGUACUCCUAAUAAAAUUUGGAAAUAUAAAGAUUUAAGUAAUGUUCGAACCAUUCAGCAUUGGCGUGAUCUUGAAGGAGCACAAAUGCAAAUUGUGGAGAAAAAGGAUUUAUACUUUAAAGAGUGGAUGCUAUCAAGAAUCAGGCCGGAAGCUUGUUUACCAAUAUACUAUUGUACUGGAAAUCGCUUCAUUAGAUUAGAAAAAGCAUUUCCUGCUGGUUUUAAGUGCGCUCCGCUACCAAUUAAUCUUGAAGCAGCACGAGAAGUGAAAAGAAAAAUCGACGAAGCAAAGAAGGCAGCAAGAAAAGCUGCAAAGGAGGCAAAGAAAAAGAAUAAAAAAGACAAGAAGGGCAAAAAGGGGAAAAAAUAAUUAGAUCAACGUAAGAAUUACAUAGAGGAAGGCUUACCUUUCACUAUUAGUUUUAAGAUAAGAUCGCAAUUCACCAAGUUUCGCUAACUCCAUAACGAUCCAGAUCGGAGAGGAGCUGCAGAUACCAAUAAGACGAAUUAUAUGAGGAUGAUCAAACUUCUGCAUAAUAUCUAAUGUACAAAAAAAAAAAAAA